AUGGCGGUGCACAUACCGCUGUCUUUAAAGAUGUCACCCUCAGCUUUACUGGGCUUUAAGUGUCUAUUUACAGAACAGUAUUCUUCCAGAAAACUGCUAAAAUCUUUAACGGAGCUCUGCAGACGAGGAUACUCCGUGAAAGCCCAGCAGGCGGUGGAGGAGGGUGGUGUCAGCGCCGCCGGGUUCAGCGGCCCUCUGGAUCACUACAGCGGGCUGAUCCGAGACGGGACACUGCGGGAGGAUGAGCAUCAGAAAGCGGUGCUACACAAACUGGAAGAGCUUCACAAAACACUCAGAGGAUACAGCAACACACCGACAUCCAUCUUCUCCAAGUUUUUCACAAAACCCAAACCUCCUAAAGGCUACUACAUCUUCGGUGACGUUGGCACAGGAAAAACUAUGGUCAUGGACAUGUUUUAUUCACAUGUGGAGACUGAAAAGAAGAAGAGGGUUCAUUUCCACGGCUUUAUGUUGGACGUGCAUAAAAGGAUCCAUCGGCUAAAACAGAGUAUGCCAAAGCGGAAAGCAGGGAAAAUGGCCAAGUCCUAUGACCCCAUUGCUCCAGUUGCCGAGGAGAUCAGUGAAGAGGCUUGUCUUCUAUGCUUUGAUGAGUUUCAGGUCACUGAUAUCGCUGAUGCCAUGAUUCUCAAGCAGCUUUUUGAGAAUCUGUUUCUGAACGGAGUCGUUGUUGUGGCCACGUCUAAUCGUCCUCCUGAAGACUUAUAUAAAAACGGGCUGCAGAGAGUCAACUUUGUGCCUUUUAUUGCCGUGUUGCAGAAAUAUUGCCAAACUCUUCGUCUGGACUCUGGGAUAGAUUACCGCAAAAGGAACAGACCCUCUGCUGGAAAACUCUACUUCCUCUCCAGUGAGCCUGAUGUAGAGGCAACACUAGACAAGAUGUUUGAUGAGCUGGCUUUCAAGCAGAAUGACAUAACACGACCAAGAGUUCUGAACGUUCACAACAGAAAAGUCCUUCUGAACAAAGCUUGCGGGACCAUCGUAGACUGUACGUUUGAGGAGCUGUGUGAUAGACCUUUAGGGGCCAGUGACUACCUGGAGAUCUCCAGGCUGUUUGACACCGUAUUUAUUCGGCACAUUCCUCUGCUCACACUGAACAAGAAAACUCAAGCCAGGCGUCUCAUAACGCUCGUGGAUGCCCUCUACGACCAUAAGGUGCGGGUGGUGAUUCUCGCCGACCACCCUCUGGAGGACAUGUUCGUACACGACGGGGAUCAUGGUCACGACGAGAGCCACAUUCUGAUGGACGAUCUGGGGCUGAAAAGGGAAGAAGCCAGCAGUCUGUCCAUAUUCAGCGGGGAGGAGGAAAGAUUUGCCUUCCAGAGGACAGUGUCUCGACUCACAGAGAUGCAGACUGAAGAAUAUUGGUUGGAAGGGGACAGAAGCACCAAAUCGCAGGUUUAACAUUUGGGAAAAGUCGACCGUGUUACACAACGUCCAUACUUCAUACAUUGUUCUCCUCCUCUGCCAAACACAGUCCAGACGGAACAUUACUCCUACUCAUCUUAUCCAGCACAAACGCAACGGGACUGCUCAACAGCGUGUGUGUGUGUGUGUGUGCGCGCAAAUGUUGUACAGAGAAUAUUUAUUGAUAUCUUAAGGCCUUUUAUGACUUUAUUGCGAUGUUGCACUUUACAGAUAAUUUUUAAGAUGAACUUUAGGGUGUCAUAUUGCUUUUAACUCAGUAUCAUAUAGUGGUCCAACUGUAUUUACUUUUAUAAAUCUGUGGGAAAAAGCUGAAUGACUUUGGGAAAUGGAUUUGCAACAAGUUAUUGUGAAGAUUUAAGUGACAUUUUAAUGUAUCUCUUUUGAGAUACGUAAUAUUUUUGAAAAUGUAAUGCAUCUCAAUGAGUUAUAUAUGAUUCCAACACAAGUCUAAAUACAGUGGCAGGAGAUUGGCCUGGGUAUUUGAAGCCGAGUGUUUAUUUCUGAUGAUUUAUGUGGAUGCUGCUUGUGAAAUUAUGAAAUUUCACAGAUGCACUGAAAAAUAACAUUUGGCUCCAUUCACCAGUUUUUUUUUUCAUUUGCAGGAUGAAAAGGAAACAUCAAGCAUGUAGCACAGGAAGUGUUUUAGUUCACAUAUUGCUUAUAUAUUUUUAUGCAGUUGUCUUCAUAAAUGAAACCAGUGAGUGUUUUGGUGUGGGAAGUGGUUGAUGUUUAACUGGUUGCCUGUUUACAUGUAUAUAUAGAUAUAUAUUUCUUAUUUAAAACAAUCAGCAUUCGCUCUACAAAUACAAAGACGAGACUGUGUGGGAAGUGAAAGCGAGAAGAAAAAAAACUAAACUUCAUCUCAGUUCAUCUCCAGUACAAACACUAGUGUCAUCUGUGCAGACAGUUGGUGCGAUUUUAUUUAGUGGAGUUUGAAGUUAUUUUGCAAAAAUGAAGUCUUGUUUGAAUCCUAAAAUCCAUGAACUUUAAACCCUGAACCAAUGCAAUCCACUUUGUAGAGUGAAGUUAUGUUACAUUACUCUUGAUGCUGACACGACAAGAACAACAACCACCAGCGAUGUAAAGUAGUGAGUUUGGUCAAGUAAGUAUUCCUCCGACUCGUAGAUUUUUGGUUGAAUAGUAGCAGUACUACUAUUACUUCUGUAUUUGGAAAACUCUACUACUUCAUGCCAACUAGUUGUAGUAUUAGUAGCAGUAAUAUAGUAGCUUGUUGUCUCACUAUGAUUAAAAUUAAUAUUAUAUUAAUAAGGAUAUUUAUUCCUCGUGAUGACAUGUACACAUUUAUCUGUGUGUACACAUAC